AUGUCUUUUCAGAACAAAGGCUUCUGGAUGUCCCGUGAUGCUGGCUGCAUAGCGGAAGAAAAUGUUGGAUAUGAAAAUUCUUCAAGAGCCGAACCAAAGAGAAGUCACCAGUGGUUUACGGAUUCAGAUGAACCAGAAGUAUUUAGCAACAAGAAACAAGCAGUUGAAGCUAGUAGUGACAUGCCGGUUUCAACAACCAAUGUUUCUCACUGGGACACUGGUUCAGGAUUUCACUCGGUUACAGGUCAAUUUUCUGACCGUCUCUUUGGAUCUGAUCUUAUACAGUCUGUCAAUUUGGUUGAUAAAAACAUGUCGUCAACUGGAAGUGGAAAUUUGAACAUUGGAGGGAGGAAGAAUUUUGGUAAUAAUGAUACGUCUGUCGGACUGUCGGUAUUGCCCACCAUAUUAGGCCCUUCACCAUGUCUAAAUUUUGGUGGUAUUAGGAAAGUUAAAGUUAAUCAAGUCAGAGAUUCUGACAAUGGCAUGCCAGCUGAUAACAAUACAUUUUCCAUAGAUUCUGGUUACGAUAAGAAUGACGGAAAUAUUACAUCGGGCCCAUCUUAUAGCAACGGAAGUGACAACACCGUUGCUAUAGGGAUAAGCAAGCCUGAUGAUAAUCUCCUUGCAAUGGGUCACAUCUUCGAUAAAGGGGAUGGGAGUUUUGUGUUGAUGGGUCAAAAUUAUGGAAAGGGAGAUGAAAGUAUUUUAUCAACGGGUCGGCCCCUUGAAAGAGGCGGCGGAAAUUUCAUAACAAUGAAUCAGUCAUUUGGGAAGGAAGAUGGAAAUUUGAUAUCUUUGGGCCCCACAUUUUCCAAGGAGCAUGAGAGUUUUACAUCAAUGGGUGUAACCUCUGAUAAAUCAGGGGAAAAUUUCACAACUGUUGCUCCUUCCUAUGACAAUGGCAUCUCAGUAGGUCCGACAUAUGUUAAUGUGGACUCAAACAUUGCUUCGACUAGUCCAUCGUUUGACAGCAUCAACUCUAGCUUUUUACCUGCAAGUCAAAACCUCAGUAACAGAAGUACCGUAUCUUUUGGAGGUUUUCAUGCUGGCGGCUCGGAGCCAAAUCCUUCGUGCGGAGUCAUCAGUGGAUUUGAUCCUUUGAUGGGCAACCAAAACUCAGCUCAAGGUGCGGAUAGCCAGAGGGAUCUGAUUGAAUCAAACCCUGAUCCACUUGUAAACAACACUUCAAAAUCUAAUGCAAAAAAUGAUACCUUUGUUAAGAACAAAGAACCUAAGAUAGCCAAGAAGAAGGCUUCUAACAACUUCCCUUCAAAUGUCAAAAGUCUGCUGUCAACUGGUAUUUUUGACGGCAUUUCGGUGAAAUAUUGUACAUGGUCAAGGGAGAGAAAUCUUCAAGGAAUCAUAAAAGGAACGGGGUACAUGUGUUCAUGUGACGACUGUAAGGGGCAAAAGGCUCUUAAUGCUUAUGAAUUCGAGCGUCACGCCGGAGCCAAGUCAAAACACCCUAACAAUCACAUAUACUUUGAGAAUGGAAAAUCUAUCUAUGCUGUUGUUCAAGAGCUGAAAAACAGUCCUCAAGAGACACUCUUUGACGCAAUUCAAACCGUGACAGGUUCCACCAUCAACCAAAAGAAUUUCCGUAUUUGGAAAGCAUCAUACCAAGCUGCGACUCGUGAGCUUCAGCGCAUCUAUGGAAAGGACGACGCCGUCAUACCAUCUUAA